AUGAGGAGCUACGCAGCUGUAGUCGGGGCCGCGCUGCUCGCCCUUGGCGCGCUGCUACUCCCCGCCCACCAUGUGAUGGCCGACACCCCAGCCAUGGCGCCGGCCAAUGGCAUCUCCAUGCCCCCGUCGCUGGCCAAUGACACGGACAUGUCGCCGUCACCGUCGUACGUGAUGCCGCCGCCGCCGGUCUACCCGUUCGUGAUCGUGCAGGGAGUGAUCUACUGCAAGACUUGCAGGUCCACGCGCUACAACCGUGACAUGGACGCAUCGCCCCUCCAAGGCGCGACGCUGCAGCUGGUGUGCUACGGGAAGAAGGUGGUGAACGUGACGGCGACGGUCUCCGACGAGAACGGCUACUUCCUGGUGAUGUUCUACGACAUAGCUAACUUCAACCAGCGCAACUGCAAGGUCUUCCUGGGCACCUCGCCGACGCCGCUCUGCAACAAACCCGUCUACCCGCCGAACAAGGGAGUCGGGCUCUCGAUCAUCAAGGAGACCAUCACCACCCCGCCGGUGGGGCUGCAGGGCAUCUACUGCCCCACCAGCGUCCUCUUCUACGGCCCAUCUACGGCUCGGAACUGUCCAUCAAACUGA